UGCCCGGCCAGGGCGAGGGGGUGCCCAAAAAAUCCAUGAGGGGGGCUGGAGAUCAUCAGGGACAGGCCACAGUGGUUUAGGGUCUCUGGGGCUUCGGUCAGGGUUUUCAUUGUUUCUUGAAGCUGUUCUCUGUGACCCAUUUCUCCCACAGGCCUACCCUGGGCCUGGGAACCCCAGGUGUUUCCCCACAGCUGCCUGAAACUGGCCUCAGCCUAGCAGGGGAAGUUCAUUAGCUCCCCUGGGUGUGAAGCCAACCGCCAGGCUCAGGUGGGGUCUAGGGCGUUCUCUAUGAUCCUUUGCGCCAAGUCCUUGAGAACCACCCAGAGAUAGUGGUACUCUGAACCACUCCCAUUUUACAGCUUGGUAAACUGAGGCCCGGGGAGGUGCAGUAAUUUGCCCAAAGUCAUGCAGUUAGUAGAAAGGGGAGUCAGGACUUUACCAUCUGCCUCGGCUUCCUCUCCCCCACUGAUGCCCCACCCAUGGAGUGGCAUAAACUUUGAGCACAGGGGAGGCUCAGAGCAGAGGAAGCAGAGCCUUCCCUCUCUGGGGCCUGCAUUUCCACUCUGUCGGGGUCGGAUAUGAGAAUUUCUUCUCCUCCAAAGUCCACUUCGGCAAGUCUCUUCCCCUGCCUAUGCAGUUUUCCCAUCUGUGCGAUGACUCAGUGGGUGUCCUUCCCAGGAGCCACCCCCACCCCAAAGUCGGGAGGGACUUUGGGGGUGGUCAUCAGCGAGUAGAUGGGCAACUCUGGACACACGGGGAAGGGAUUUGGUGACACCCCUUGGCGCCGUGCCUUGUGAACUCCCUUUUAGGAAGAUGGGGGAAUCUGGGGCUCCCUGCCCCCUCGGGGAGAUUCCCCACUGGGUUCUGCUUCCCUAUCUAAUUCUCACAACCACCCCAGUCACGGGGUGGGUGACUGUCACCACUUACCUUAUGUAGAAACCGAGGCCCAGAGAUGUUAGGACACUCAUCCAGUGUCACACACAGCUGGUGUAAGUUGGGGAGCUGGGAUUUGAACCCACAGUGGCUCCAGAUCACUAGUGUAUCAGGGAGCCUUCUGACGGGGAGGCAGGAGUGGGGGCAGGGACAUGAUCCCGUGACUUCCCCAUCACUGGGGUUUCAGUUUUCCCAUCUGCCAGUGGGUUGGGCUCUGUUCCCAGCAAGGCAGGGAUUUCUCCUGGAUUUUUCUCCCAAGGAGGGGGCUGUCUGCCCUGCCAGGCCCCAGAGCUGGGGGCAGGGGCAGGGGGGAGGCUCAGCUGCAGUAGUGACAGCCCCCCCCCGCCGGCUGCUCUCCAAUCUCCAGUUGCCAAACUCUUCCUCUGACCUGUGCAUAGAGCUCCCUGGUGAUCCCAGUGAGCCAGGGGUCCGCAGGCCCCAGGGAGACCCCAAUGGUCAGGCUUUUGAGUCUGCAGUUCAGCCAGCCUCCAGCAGCAACCUCCCUUUAUAGACUCCAGGGCACAAGCUGGGAAGCCUGGUCAGAGCCCAGGGGAAAGCCCAUCCCAGUGCAGCCCAGCAGAGGGCGCUCCUGAGGGAAGGGCGAAAAGAGCAUGACCGAGAGCCGGGACAAGCUUGUUCCAGAACAGACAAAUCCUUUCCCUUCUAAGCCUCAGGGUCCUCAUCUGUGAAAGGGCGGGGAAGAACUAGGCACCUUCAGGCACUGCAGGACCUGAUGCAGAAUUUCAUGCACAUCAUUCAUUCAUUAAUUCAGUCAUCCAACCGACGUUUCAUGAGCAUCUACAGGGGUACACAGUUAUAAGGAAGCCAGAAAGGAGCCCCUGCAACGCUUACCUAAUAGGGGGAGACACACUUAUGAUACAUCGAGGGUGUAUGUUCUAUGAAGACAUGUCUGGGGGCGGGGCUAGAAAGCCAGAGCACGGAUGGCGUUGAGGGCGAGGUCCCCAGCAGCGAAACUGGCACGUCUCUGGACAGCCCCUCGGCCUACCACCAGGGCCCCUUGGCACCCGGCGCCAGCCUGAGCCCGGACCUCUACGAGCACACGCCGGCAGGCGCCUAUGGGCUGUACUCGGUGCCGCCGGGGCAGCAGCAGCGGACGCGGCGGCCCAAGCUGCAGCACUCGACCUCCAUCCUGCGCAAGCAGGCCGAGGAGGACGCCAUCAAGCGCUCUCGCUCACUCUCUGAGAGCUAUGAGCUCUCUUCGGACCUGCAGGACAAGCAGGUGGAGAUGCUAGAACGAAAGUAUGGAGGGCGCCUCGUGACCCGCCAUGCAGCCCGCACCAUCCAGACAGCGUUCCGCCAGUACCAGAUGAACAAGAACUUCGAGCGCCUCCGCAGCUCCAUGUCCGAAAACCGCAUGUCGCGCCGAAUCGUGCUGUCCAACAUGAGGAUGCAGUUCUCUUUCGAGGGGCCCGAGAAAAUGCACAGCUCCUACUUCGAGGGGAAGCAGGUCUCGGUGAGCAAUGACGGCUCCCAGCUGGGGGGCCUGGGUCCACCCGAGUGCGGGGAUCUCAGCGAACCACCCGCCAUCAAGUCCCCAGCCACCUCCAGUGACUUUGCAGACGCCAUCACGGAGCUGGAGGACGCCUUCUCCCGGCAGGUGAAGUCCCUGGCGGAGUCCAUCGACGACGCCCUCAACUGCCGCAGCCUGCACGCUGAGGAAGCACCGGUCCCCGACCGGGUGCGGGACACUGAGCCGACGCCGGCCCUGCACGGGGUGGACCACCGCAAGCUGGACGAGAUGACCGCCUCCUACAGUGACGUCACCCUGUACAUUGACGAGGAGGAGCUGUCGCCGCCCCUGCCCCUCUCGCAGGCGGGAGACCGACCGUCCAGCAACGAGUCGGACCUGCGGCUGCGGGCGGGGGGCUCGGCCCAGGACUACUGGGCGCUGGCCCACAAGGACGACAAGGCGGACACGGACACGAGCUGCCGGAGCACGCCCUCGCUGGAGCGGCAGCGGCUGCGGGUGGAGCGUCUCCCGCUGCUCACCAUCGAGCCGCCCAGUGACAGCUCUGUGGACCUCAGUGACCGCUCGGAACGCGGCUCGCUGCAGAGGCAGAGCGCCUAUGAGCGCGGCCUUGGCGGACAGCAGGGCAGCCCGAAGCACGGCCCCCCCAAGGGCCUCCCCCGCGAGGAGCCGGAGCUGCGGCCCCGGCCCACCAGGCCCCUGGACGGCCACCUGGCUAUCAACGGCUCAGCCAACAGGCAGAGCAAGUCCGAGUCGGACUACUCAGAUGGGGACAACGACAGCAUCAACAGCACGUCCAACUCCAACGACACCAUCAACUGCAGCUCCGAGUCGUCAUCGCGCGACAGCCUGCGGGAGCAGACACUCAGCAAGCAGACCUACCACAAGGAGACCCGCAACAGCUGGGACUCGCCCGCCUUCAGUAACGACGUCAUCCGCAAGAGGCACUACCGUAUCGGCCUGAACCUCUUCAACAAGAAGCCCGAGAAGGGAGUCCAGUACCUCAUCGAGCGCGGCUUUGUGCCCGACACGCCCGUGGGGGUGGCCCACUUCCUGCUGCAGCGCAAGGGCCUCAGCCGCCAGAUGAUCGGAGAGUUCCUGGGCAACCGGCAAAAGCAGUUCAACCGGGACGUGCUGGACUGCGUGGUGGAUGAAAUGGACUUCUCUGCCAUGGAACUGGACGAAGCCCUCAGGAAAUUCCAGGCACACAUUCGAGUCCAGGGGGAGGCCCAGAAAGUUGAGCGGCUCAUCGAGGCGUUCAGCCAGCGGUACUGCAUCUGCAACCCCGGGGUGGUGCGGCAGUUCCGGAACCCGGACACCAUCUUCAUCCUGGCCUUCGCCAUCAUCCUGCUCAACACCGACAUGUACAGCCCCAACGUCAAGCCUGAGCGGAAGAUGAAGCUGGAGGACUUCGUCAAGAACCUCCGAGGUGUGGACGAUGGCGAAGACAUCCCCCGGGAGAUGCUGAUCGGGAUCUAUGAGCGGAUCCGCAAGCGGGAGCUGAAGACCAGUGAGGACCACGUGUCCCAGGUGCAGAAGGUGGAGAAGCUCAUCGUGGGCAAGAAGCCGAUUGGAUCCCUGCACCACGGGCUUGGCUGUGUGCUCUCCCUGCCCCACCGUAGGCUGGUCUGCUACUGCCGGCUCUUCGAGGUCCCCGACCCAAACAAACCCCAGAAACUCGGACUGCACCAGCGAGAAAUCUUCCUGUUCAACGACCUCCUGGUGGUCACCAAGAUCUUCCAGAAGAAGAAGAACUCAGUGACGUACAGCUUCCGGCAGUCCUUCUCCCUGUACGGAAUGCAGGUCCUGCUUUUCGAGAACCAGUACUACCCCAACGGCAUCCGGCUCACAUCUGCCGUCCCCGGCGCGGACAUCAAAGUGCUAAUAAACUUCAAUGCCCCCAACCCUCAAGACCGGAAGAAAUUCACUGACGACCUCCGGGAGUCCAUCGCGGAAGUGCAGGAGAUGGAGAAGCACAGGAUAGAGUCCGAGCUUGAGAAGCAGAAGGGCGUCAUGCGGCCCAGCAUUUCCCAGUGCUCCAGCCUCAAAAAGGAGCCAGGCAACGGGACUCUGAGCCGCGCCUGUCUGGACGACAGCUACGCCAGCGGUGAGGGCCUCAAGCGCAGUGCCCUCAGCAGCUCCCUGAGGGACCUCUCGGAAGCGGGGAAGCGAGGGCGUCGCAGCAGUGCGGGAUCGCUAGAGAGCAAUGUGGAAGGUUCGAUCAUUAGCAGUCCUCACAUGCGCCGGAGAGCUACAUCAACCCGAGAAUGUCCAUCUCGCCCACACCAGACUAUGCCCAAUUCAUCCUCCCUCCUGGGCUCCCUGUUCGGUAGCAAGAGAGGGAAGCCCCCGCCCCAGGCCCCGACGCCCGCGGCCCCCUCCCAGCCGCCCCACCCGCAGCACACCCCGGCCGGCCACCACCAGGGGCCCGCGGAGGCCCCGGCGCACGGGCACCACGGCCAGUACUGCCUCCUGCAGCAGAACCCGCCGCCCUACCACCACCACCACCACUACCACCCGCCCCAGCACCUGCCGCACGCCCACGCCCACCACCACGGGCCCCACCUGCCCCACGGCGCCCACGCGCACGCCGGCCACGCGGCGCACCACCACGGGCAGCCCCCGGCCCCGCCGCCCCCCGCCGGCAGCAAGGCCAAGCCCAGCGGCAUCAGCACAAUCGUGUAGGCGUAGCCCGGGCGGGGGGCUCCCGGACCCCCCGGGAACGGACCUAGCGCACAACACACAAUAGAGGCACACCCAGGCGGCCGCGGGCCGAACGCGGGGCACUCUGGUUUCCAUCUCUCCCCUCUGCGCCCACGGCCCGGAUGCAGCUCCCCACCACCACCGGCCCUCGGGGCGCGGGUUUUAGGGAACAGAGCUCCCAAAUGAGUUGAGCAGUGGCGUCCCGGGCGCCCCAUUCCCCUCGGCCGCCUUCAGCCUUGUGACGGCGCCGCCUGCCGAGCAGAUACUGAGCUGCCUUCCACCCCCACCCCGUCCCCUGCCCCCAGAGCCCGUGCUCCCUAACUCUACCCACAAAAGAAAACCCAACCCAGAAAAGAAGAAAGGAGAUCCAAAAAAAAAACACACAGAAAACUCAAAGACAAAACAAAACAAAAACCCCCAAACUUGCUGCAUUAUUGCUCUUUUAUUGACAAUGGGCAAAAAAAAAAAAAAUUAAGUAGACCUGAUAUGGUUGAUGAAAGUACGUAAGUAAACUUUAUAUAAUAUAAAUAUAUAAAUAUAUAAAUAUAUAUAUAUAUACUGUAUAGGUAGCAUUUGUGUGUGAAAGGCAAAUGUUUCAAUCCCCAAAAUUAGCAAUAGAGACUUUACAAGGAACUCCACUUACCCAAUAGGAAGACAGUACCUUAGACGAGUGUGUGAGAGAGUAGACCAAAAAUGUAAACGUUAGGAACAAAUUCAGAUACUUCCAUAUUUUCAUAAAAAAAAAAAAAAGUCCCUCCAGGACUGGCUAAAAUCUUUUACGCAAUCAUUACUAACUGUGCCAAGUAACAUAGCAUCUAACUGUUAGAGUCCAAUAUUGCUUUGUAUAAAUCCUUAUUUUAUUAACAGAAUACUAUCACAGGUAAUCAGUAUUUUAACUGCUCUGUUAUUUCAGGUAAGCAAAUAGAUAAAAUGCAGUAAACUCAGCAGUAGCAACCUGGGAUGGCCAGCAUAAGAGCUGGUCGUCUUAGAAUAUUGGUUACCCAGAAUCUUAGACACUUUAAUGGCUCCGAUAACUGUGAAUUUCCAUGACCCGUGUUUCUUUUAUAUGCGUAUGAUCUGACGCACUCUAACUCAGAGCGCUCCAAGAAGGGGCACCCUACAUGGCAGACAUGUUCAUCUCCGACAUGAAAAUGACCAACCCUCCAUCUCUUGUCUCCUCCACACCCCAGCUUACUCAUCUCCUUUCCAACGGCAGCAGGCAGUCACCCCCCACCCCGUCCCUGGGGAAUGUUUCCACCAGGAGCCACUUCCCAACCUGAAGGUCAAUGGUAGCAUUGAGCAACCCCGGGACGGUGCGUGUGUUUUCCGUGGUGUCCCCUGAGUGCUAGCGGUGAUCGUUGUAAUUCCAUGUAGCCAUGUGCUCACAGCGCGGCCGUGUCAUCCCUGUGGCCCAUCCGACCCCGGCCCCCACUGCCUCGGCAGGGCCACUUGGCUGCCAGGGCCCUGCCAUGACUCAGCUGUGCUCUUGUUGCUUCUGUGUUGUGAUGACACCAUCCACUCCCCCCAGGGUGCUGUGCCUGAGUCACACAUGAGCCAUCCUUUGCAGUUUCAGCCUUUCGAACCUCUGCAGCCGCCGGUGCUUUGCUCCUAAGCCGUAGGACCCGAGGACUGCCCGGUGGCAACGGCCCAGGUGGAGAGCCCUUUCAGAAAGGGCGAAGCUAAACUUGGCUUGGCAGGGCCUGGGGGGUGGGCUGCAAGGCCCUGCCUUGGACAGACGAUGCGGCCCGAGGUGGCAGAACUGCAGGAAAAGCGGGGACAUCCACGUCUGGCUUUGGGGCACCCUGCCUAUUUGAUUGGGGGUUUUGUUGCUUUCCCUCCCCACCCCCUUACCCCCUUGUCAUAUGUUCGUGAUCACCAUACCAGCAAAUCUGCAAACUGAGCACUUUGUUAAUCUCCACAGGAAGCAAAUACAGCAAUCUAGAGUUUAGCCUUUAAAAAAAAAAAAAAAGUGACUUUAACUUGCCCACCCUUGUCUUCCCAUGGAUGUCAUAUUUCUUUCUUUGGCAUCUGCUCAGAGAAAUAAAAAGCGUGUGUAUUUCUGAUUUGGUUGGGGCCGGGCUGGUGGGAGGCUACAUGGUUUCAUUGACUCCUGAAUUCUUUGGUUUUCCCUAAAAGUCAGGCUCCCCGAGGCACUCUCUGUCUUGCAAUUUAAAGGAUGUUGUUCUGACAAGGAAAAGUCGAAUUAUACUGCAUGUCAUCCGGCGUCAGUCAUGUGAGGCUACACUCUAUGUAUUGUAUAUUUGCGAAAUUAUAUCAGUGUUAAUGUUGACAAAUAGUUGAAGUAAAGUGAUAACAUAUUAAAUAUGUCAGCUUUUCUUCACCCUUCUGUACCAAUGAUAGAGUCUAACUGUAAACUUCUAGGUUGUUCCAGAAAAGAUGUGGACCCUUGGGUACAAAACUGCUCUUUCUGAAGGGACUUUGCUAAUGAAAAUCAAAAAGAACAGACUGUAAAUCCAAUGGAGGGGUUCUCUCUCUCCAUCGCUGUCCUGCAUGCUCCAUGAGCCGUUCCAAACUCACGUCCUCUCAAACUGUCUUCCGUGUGUCCUGAAGCUCUCUUGGGGCAUAGUAGGGCUGGAUUGUAGUGAAAGAGGACUCUUACAAUAAAUUGAAAAUGUCUCCCCAUGUUCUCAACUUUGUACAGUGUGUUGGGGUCAGGUCAAUGAGCUCUCAUCAUUUGUAUCUUAUUUAUAAGCUUUUCGCGAGAAGUGUUUCCAGAGGGUUCCACUGAGGAGGUUGGAGUCAGGCUGCCCAAAUUCUACUUCGAAAGCAAAAGCUUCUAAUAAACUGGUUUCCUGCUGUUGCUUUUAUGGGUUGUAUUCUAUAGGGCCCAGCCAGUCCAAGAAUCACAGCUUUGGGGACUUAUUCCCCACCACCACCCCCCUGGGAAUAGCAAGACAGAAGGUGGCCGAGAGCUACUGGGACAUUUGAGUCAUCCUUUCUCACCUUCAGGACACACUUGGACCGUUUUUCUCAAGUCGCACAAAUUAUUUCAAUUAUGUAAUAAUCUCUGACAGGACCAGGAGACCCUUAGAGGAAGCAGCUAGUAACAUCAAAAAAAAAAAAAAAAAAAAAAAAAAAAUCUUUUCUGGGACAACAAGUAAAUCAUGUAUUUGUAUUUUUUUAAGUUUAUGGAUGAAUUGUACAAUGAUGUAAAAAUAAAGCUCAUCCUAAUAUGAUGUACACAUCUUUCUUAAAAAUGUCUUCAGUCAUCCAGGGUAGAGUGAUUUUUCCAUCACGCACUGCAUGCGGCAGUAGCUUCUUGUUUUUCUUUAAAAUGAGCUGAACAGACAGUCAGCAGUUAUGUGAACAAUGACUCUAGGUGUUGACUCAGCGUUCCAUAUGAAGCUAUGCCUCUCCAGGUAAGCAUGCAUCUUGCAGUUUUCGUUGUAAAAUAUCAUACCCUUUCCUGCCUGGAAAAAAAAAAAAAAGAAUAAUUUUGUAAGUAUUUUAAAUAACACCAAGGAAACAGGUUGCAAAAAUUGAUCAGAGUGAAGGGGUGGUGAAAAGGGGAGGAAUAGAUACUUGUAUCAACUUGUACAUAAUCCUGCACAUCAGCAUAACUAAUUCCCUCUGCAGUCAUAUCGAGGUUGCAUAUAGUAUCUCUCUCCUCUUUGAAACUGUCAUUCACCUUCGAGUUAUUCUAAAACUGUUAGAAUGAGGUCUUGAAUGCCAGCCGUUCAAGAUUUCCAGAGACAACUGAGACAACUUGCUUACAAGAAGCCGGGACCCACUGUGUAACUUUGGGGAGGAAAGGAGUGCUUUGUUUUAAUAUGCAUUCUGUUUGUGAGUAGUAACAGAUUCUAUUGAUGUAAAACCAUAGCUGUGAUCAUGUGGAGAAGUCAAAUAAAUCCUUUAAAACUC